UGUGUGGUGUGUGUAUCUUGCUUGAUACUGUGGAUCUUCAUUCCUUUUGGGAGCAGAAAUGAACUCAGUCGCAACGAUCGACAAAUAAGUCAUCACAUAUUUUUUCUAUUAUUUUUUAUUAUUAAUAGCAUUAUUAAACUGACAGACAGCCAUGGCGAUCGAGUCGGUGAGUGUUUGGUUUAAGAUUUACUGUCUGGUCGUCAUGACUGUGAUCGCUGCCACAUACACCGUGGUUCUCCGAUACACCAGAACCAUCUCAUCCGAGCUGUACUUCUCCACCACUGCGGUCUGCUUCGCUGAGAUCAUCAAACUCGUGCUCAGUCUGGGCAUGCUCGUGAGGGAGACGGGUGAUGUCGGCAGGUGUAAGGCUGCUCUGGUCCAUCACAUCUUCAGAAGUCCUAAGGAGCUGCUGAAGCUCAGCGUCCCGUCUGUGGUUUACGCCAUCCAGAACAACAUGGCCUUCGUGGCGUUGAGCAAUCUGGACGCUGCCGUCUACCAGGUGACGUAUCAGCUGAAGAUCCCGUGUACGGCUCUGUGUACCGUCCUCAUGCUUAGUCGUUCUCUGAGUCGUCUGCAGUGGUUCUCUGUGUUCAUGCUCUGCGGGGGGGUGACGCUGGUGCAGUGGACACCACCAGAAUCCACUAAAGUUCAGAUGGAGCAGAAUCCAUUGAUGGGCUUCAUGGCGAUUGCGGUGGCGGUCCUGUGCUCGGGGUUUGCAGGUGUGUACUUUGAGAAGGUUCUGAAGAGCUCAGACACGUCGCUGUGGGUGCGAAACAUCCAGAUGUACCUGUCGGGUAUAGCUGUGACCUUUCUAGGUGUCAUCGUGACAGACGGCGCCGAAGUGAUGGAGAAAGGAGUUUUUUACGGAUACACGCCCUGGGUCUGCCUGGUCAUCUUUCUGGCGAGUGUUGGAGGAAUGUACACGUCUGUGGUGGUGAAGUACACGGACAACAUCAUGAAGGGAUUUUCAGCGGCCGCCGCUAUCGUUCUGUCCACCGUGGCGUCUGUGAUGCUCUUCGGCCUGCAGAUCACCACCACGUUCAUGAGCGGAUCCAUGCUGGUGUGCAUUUCCAUUUACCUGUACGGACUGCCAAAGCAAGACACCAGCAAAGCGUCGACACCCAGCGUGGAUAACGUCAAGAAACAGAAAGGCUCAGCGGUCUGACCUGAGAUCAGCGAGACGCUCGUGACUGUUUACAGCAGAUGAAGACUGACAGCUAACAGGAGAACUGAAUCAUAAUGAAACCCUUCUGUUGAAGGAAGGCCUGGUGUUAUGGAAAUGGACGGGUUUAGGGUUAUUUUAUUUGUUGUUAUAAUGUCCAGAUCACAAGAAUCCAACACUGUUAAUGCCGAAACUGUCCUCUGAAUGUACACAUGCAUACGAGACACAUUGAGAAACUUUUACAAAUAUUGAAUACAGAAGAUGAUGAAUUUCAUUGUCAGAUUGGUGAGCGAACGCUGCAGAAUAAAUGUGGAGCGUGUUGGGUUAUGCCACGCCUCUUUCACGAGGACGAUCUCUGCGCGCAUUAAGGGAAACAUUUUUGUGACCCCAACUGAACUUCUGGUACACAUUCACAAACAAUAGAGUGCCUGUAGAUUAUUACUGAUUACUAUCAAAAGAAACCGAGAAGAAGCCUUAGAUGGAUAAGCUUGUCUCUCCAAUAUUUUGACUUGAGACUGCAAUACCAAUCUCAACCACUAGAUGUGUAUCAGUGUAUCAAAACUACAGGACCAAUUCGACAAAUCGUUUAUUUUAUUAUAAUACAGUAAAAUAAUAAUACAAGUAAAUAUCAACAUAAUUUAAAUAUAAAUAAUACACAAGCCAAACACAAAGCGGAAGUUAACUGGAUUAACUGGUCAAGUGCGCGUGCAUUUUUUAACGGUCUGUAAGGUGAUAUUUUAUUUUUCUGUUAUGUACCUGAUGUGUGGGGUCUCAAACCAAAUACACUAUAUUAAAACAUUAUGAUGAUGGACACAAUGUGAAUUUUGAUUUCAUGUGAAGGAUCCUGCAGACAGGCACUGAGUGCAUAACAUAUCGUGGUGUGAGGACGGGGAAUAAAUGGGAGAAACUUUA